GUUUUUCCUAAACCAGUCAUUACGAUUCUUAGAUCUCAUACUAAGGGCUUGCAUUUUAAACAAUUUUGAAGGGGAUUUCGACCAACGUCUUCUCAAUGCGCACGCGCCGGCCUGGUUCUACCAACCAGGGUUUGAAUUUUCUCGGAGAAAGACAGGCCGGCCACGAGGAAAAAAACAAGCCGCAGCAACAUCUAAGCCCUUGAAAGGAUCCUGAGAGAGGGGGGAAAGGGAAAACCGCAGCCACCAGCCCAACCACUUGUGUCUUCUGCCCCUUCCCACCUAUCUUGCCCACCCCACCAGCCCACGCUGCAUGGGACUUGCAAUCUGUGGCCGAAGGACCGUCACCACAUAACUUCAAAAAUAAUCAACCACCCACCCUUCCCAAACCCACCCAAAUUCACUCAUCCAGCGUUUACUUUUUUGAAUCCACUCAGAACUUUUUUUCUACGAUCCCCCCUCCCUAAAUGGAGUUGGGUGGGGGGAAAAUGAAUACUGAGUUGGCCUUCGUUUUUUUAAGAGACUUUUUGAUCCAAUGAGGCCCCCCAAAUAAUUGAGUUUUGGGUCUUGGUUGGUUGUUUUAUUUUUUUUCUCCAAAAUUUGAGCCCCCUCCCCCCCUGAGCCCGAGGUGCUGACGUCGCAAAAAAAUUGGAUAAAACCUCGAUCAUGGGUUCGGGUCCCAUAGAUCCCAAAGAGCUUCUCAAGGGCCUGGAUAGCUUCCUUAACCGAGAUGGGGAAGUCAAGAGUGUGGAUGGCAUUUCCAAGAUCUUCAGUCUUAUGAAGGAAGCACGAAAGAUGGUGAGUCGAUGCACUUACUUGAACAUUCUCCUGCAGACCCAGUCACCAGAAAUAUUGGUCAAGUUUAUUGAUGUUGGUGGCUACAAGCUUCUUAACAAUUGGCUGACCUAUUCAAAGACAACCAACAACAUUCCCCUCUUGCAGCAAAUUCUGCUGACCCUGCAGCACCUACCACUCACUGUGGACCACCUCAAGCAGAACAACACGGCCAAACUGGUGAAGCAACUGAGCAAGUCAAGUGAGGAUGAAGAGCUCCGGAAAUUGGCUUCAGUCCUUGUCAGUGACUGGAUGGCUGUCAUCCGCUCUCAGAGCAGUACCCAGCCUGCUGAGAAAGAUAAAAAAAAACGUAAAGAAGAGGGGAAGAGUCGAACCACCCCUCCUGAGCGACCCUUGACUGAGGUGAAGGCUGAGACCCGGGCUGAGGAGGCCCCAGAGAAGAAGAAGGAGAAGCCCAAGUCUCUCCGAACCACAGCACCCAGUCAUGCCAAGUUCCGUUCCACUGGGCUAGAGCUGGAGACCCCAUCUUUGGUGCCUGUGAAGAAGAAUGCCAGUGCAGUGGUGGUUUCUGACAAGUACAACCUUAAACCCAUCCCCCUCAAGCGUCAGAGCACCACAGUUGCUCCAGGAGAUGCUGCCCCCCCUGCAGAGAAGAAAUACAAGCCACUGAACACCACACCCAAUGCCACCAAAGAGAUCAAAGUGAAGAUCAUCCCACCACAGCCUAUGGAGGGCCUGGGCUUUCUGGAUGCGCUCAAUUCAGCCCCUGUUCCAGGCAUCAAAAUUAAGAAGAAGAAGAAGGUGUUGUCACCUACAGCUGCCAAGCCAAGCCCAUUUGAAGGGAAAACGAGCACAGAACCAAGCACAGCCAAGCCUUCUUCCCCAGAACCAGCACCUCCUUGUGAGCCUAUGGAUACAGACCGCCCAGGAACCCCAGUUCCCCCUGUUGAAGUCCCAGAGCUCAUGGAUACAGCUUCUUUAGAGCCAGGAGCACUGGAUGCAAAGCCAGUGGAGAGUCCUGGAGAUCCUAGUCAGCUGACCCGGAAAGGCAGGAAGAGGAAGACUGUAACAUGGCCUGAGGAGGGCAAACUGAGAGAAUAUUUCUAUUUUGAACUGGAUGAAACUGAACGAGUAAAUGUGAAUAAGAUCAAGGACUUUGGUGAGGCAGCUAAACGAGAGAUACUGUCAGACCGACAUGCAUUUGAGACGGCCCGUCGUCUGAGCCAUGACAAUAUGGAGGAGAAGGUUCCCUGGGUGUGCCCGCGACCCCUGGUUCUACCCUCACCUCUUGUCACCCCUGGAAGCAAUAGCCAGGAGCGAUACAUCCAGGCUGAGAGGGAGAAAGGAAUCCUUCAGGAGCUCUUCCUGAACAAGGAAAGUCCUCAUGAGCCUGAUCCUGAGCCCUAUGAUCCUGUACCCCCGAAGCUCAUCCCCCUAGAUGAGGAGUGUUCUAUGGAUGAGACCCCAUAUAUUGAGACCCUGGAGCCCGGGGGAGCUGGUGGCUCACCUGAUGGGGCAGGUAGCUCCAAGUUGCCUCCUGUCCUGGCCAAUCUCAUGGGAAGCAUGGGUGCUGGAAAGAGCCCCCAGGGUCCUGGAGGAGGGGGCAUCAAUGUCCAAGAGAUCCUCACCUCCAUCAUGGGUAGCCCAAAUAGUCAUCCCUCAGAGGAACUGCUGAAGCAACCAGACUAUUCAGACAAGAUCAAGCAGAUGCUGGUGCCACAUGGAUUAUUAGGCCCUGGUCCAAUAGCCAAUGGUUUCCCACCAGGAGGCCCUGGUGGCCCCAAGGCCAUGCAGCACUUCCCCCCUGGACCUGGGGGACCUAUGCCAGGUCCUCACGGAGGCCCCGGUGGGCCAGUGGGUCCACGUCUCUUGGGUCCCCCACCCCCUCCACGAGGGGGUGAUCCCUUCUGGGAUGGCCCGGGUGACCCCAUGCGGGGUGGCCCAAUGCGGGGGGGUCCAGGACCAGGUCCUGGACCGUACCAUAGAGGCCGUGGUGGCCGAGGAGGAAAUGAACCUCCUCCUCCUCCUCCCUUCCGAGGGGCCAGAGGAGGUCGCUCUGGAGGAGGACCCCCAAAUGGAAGAGGGGGCCCUGGUGGGGGCAUGGUUGGAGGUGGUGGGCAUCGUCCUCAUGAAGGCCCUGGUGGGGGCAUGAGCAGCAGCAGUGGCCAUCGUCCCCAUGAAGGCCCUGGCAGUGUCAUGGGUGGUGGGCAUCGCCCCCACGAAGGCCCUGGUGGUAGCAUGGGUGGAGGUGGGGGACAUCGUCCCCAUGAAGGCCCUGGCGGUGGCAUGGGCAGUGGCAGUGGACAUCGUCCCCAUGAAGGCCCUGGCAGUGGCAUGGGCGGAGGCAGUGGACAUCGUCCCCAUGAAGGCCCUGGUGGAGGCAUGGGUGCUGGUGGCGGACAUCGCCCCCAUGAAGGCCCUGGUGGGAGCAUGGGUGGAAGCAGUGGACAUCGCCCCCAUGAAGGUCCUGGACAUGGAGGGCCCCAUGGCCACCGGCCUCAUGAUGUCCCUGGUCACCGAGGCCAUGACCAUCGAGGGCCACCGCCUCAUGAGCACCGUGGCCAUGAUGGCCCUGGCCAUGGAGGAGGGGGCCACCGAGGGCAUGAUGGAGGCCACAGCCAUGGAGGAGACAUGUCAAACCGCCCUGUUUGCCGACAUUUCAUGAUGAAAGGCAACUGCCGCUAUGAGAACAACUGUGCCUUCUACCACCCGGGUGUCAACGGGCCCCCCCUGCCCUAGGGACCACCUCCUCUGCCCCACCCACACACACCCCUGUGGACUGCAGCCUUGCUCCUUCUACCCUGUUAUGGCUUCUGUGAGGCCCACUUUUCCCCUUUCCCCAGCUGAUGAGGAGCCGGCCCCCUCAGUUCCCACCUGCUUGGGUUUCUGGGGGUUUUCGAUCACUGGUGCGUAUUGAUGUACAUAUUUUCCUCCAGUCUGGGGAGGAGAGACUGGAUACAUUCUGUACCCUGGACUGCUGAAGAGAAGACCCAGUUGGCUUCAUUUUUUGAGGAGAUUUGCCCUAUAACCCCAAAUCCCUUUCCAGUAUUGCCCUUAAUGCCUGAGAACCUAAAGCUGGUUAUCCUGGAGAACACCUCUACUCUCCUAUUGUGGGUCCUCCACAUGCACACAGAACUGACAUGGGAUCAGCUGCACUUAUGAAAUCAUCCCAGCCAAGUUCAUUAUUCCUCAUGGGGGUGGGGAGAUGGUAAAAGGGGUAUUAUAUAUCCCACUGCACUGAGAGGGCUCAAUUAGGCUGGAUUUGAGUUCUGGAAAAUAUCAUCCCCACUUCUGCCCUGACACAGGCUUUACAUUGAGUCCUUUCUCAAGACUUUGCAACCUUCUGUGAACACCCAAGUCUGCAUCAUGGGUCUGUUAGGUUCAGUGAUGGCCAAUUCACAUCUGCAUCCAGUGGAAGUUUUAGCUGGUAUAGGUGAGGCUGCUGGUGUUGGUCCACCCUUGCCUACAACUCAUUCUGGAAACUUUGUAAAACACUUCAGUGAGACCAGCUUUUCAUCAACUUGCCCAGCACGCUGGGCCUGACAGUCACACUACAUGCACUGCCUUCAGGAGUUGGCUCACUCUUUGCCCCCACCUGGAACCUUGUUGGUGUGAGGCCUCUGGCUCCCUUGCCCUGUCAGCCACCUCUGAAUCCCACCAGGUGCCUUCCUGGGUGGGUGCAACAAGCUGACUUGCCCUUCCCCAGCCCUCUCCUUCACAUGUCUCGGCAUCAGUUGUUUUCUGUGAAAACAGUGGAUUGGUUGGCUUUUGUGCAGGGUCUUGGGUUAGAGCCACAAUGGAUUUGAGGGAUGAGUAUUUUCUUUUUUCUUUUGGUUUUGUAUAUUUUGUACAUUAAUAAUAAACAGUGGAAAGAGAAGCAGCUUAUUUAA